UUCCCCCAACAAAAUUUCCCUCAAAUUAAUCCCUACGCUUCUCCCUCGAAAUACAAACAAAAUAUCAGAAAUUAUGGGUAGAUUUGUCCCAUGCCCAAUGCCUUGCAAUUGCGACAAACACAAAGAUUCUCAAAUAUAUCAAACCACCCAUAUUUCCGACUCCUCAUCUUCCAAUUCAUCCCUUACUUCCCAACUAAGCCUCCCUUCCGUCCCUUCCCUUGAACACGUCGCUGUCGCCAACCACCAAUGCCUAGCCACCCUCAAGGGCCACUCCUCCUACAUAUUCUCCCUCGCCCUCGCCGGGAAAUACCUCUUUAGCGGCUCCUCCAACGGAGAAAUUCGCGCAUCCCCCUCCCACGGCGGAGCCAGUAUGUACACCGCUGCCCAGACGGGCUCCGCCGUGAAAUCCACCACCUUCAUAAAUGGCAAGUUGAUCACCGCCCACGCGGACCACAAGAUCCGCGUGUGGCGGAUCAAAGACCAUGACACUAAUGUGUCAGCAAAUGUCACAUCAAACAGUAAUUCAUCAGUUUCAGCUAUUGCCAAGCUGAAACUGACAGCCACACUCCCCACCGGUGUGGACCGCUGCAUGCGGUUAUUCUCGGCGGGGAGCUACGUGGAGGUCCACCGCCACCGGAGGCAGACGUGGGUCCACCACGUCGACGCGGUGGCGGCCCUGGCGGCCUCCGCGGACGGCGCCUUCCUCUACUCUGUGUCGUGGGACCGGAGCAUGAAGGUGUGGCGGAGCACCGACUUCCGGUGCGUGGAGUCGGUGCAGGCCGCCCACGACGACGCGAUCAACGCGGUCGCGGCGUCCGUCGACGGCAGCGUCUACACCGGCUCCGCCGACCGGCUGAUCAAGGUGUGGCGGCGCCGCGACGGAGAGUCGCGGCACUCGCUGAUCGCGACGCUGGAGAAGCAUAGAUCCGCCGUGAAUGCGGUGGCGCUGAGCACCGAUGGGAGCAUGCUCUACUCCGGCGCCUGCGAUCGGUCGAUCGUGGUGUGGGAGAAGGGGAGAGGUGGCGGAAUGGCGGUGGCGGGGGCGCUGAGGGGGCAUAGGAAGGCGAUUCUGUGUUUGGCGGUGGUGGCGGAGGUGUUGUGCAGUGGAUCGGCGGAUAAGAGUGUGAGAGUGUGGAGGAGAGGGAGUGGAAAUAGCUAUUCUUGCCUGGCGGUAUUGGAAGGGCACAAAUGUCCGGUGAAAUGUUUAGUGGCGCGUUUGGAUCGGAGGUGUAGUGAGGUUGAUAAGAAAAGAGAUGGGGAUGAGUUAGGGAAUAGUUACCUUGUUUAUAGUGGUGGAUUGGAUUUUGAUAUUAAGGUUUGGAAAAUUUGGGUUCCUUUGUAAAUUUUAUUGGUAGGGACUAGGGAGGGAAUAUUUUUGUAAAUAUAUAUACAGAGAGUGAAAAUUUAGGCGCUUUUGAAAUCUUUUUUUUUUUGAGAUUCUUUGUAUGAUGUUUUUGGUUUAGGGAUUUGAGAGUUGAUUGUGUAGUUUGAGACUUUGAGGCUUGUAAUUUGGGAUUAUUAUUUAAAUAGUGUUUUCAUUCCUUAUGUUA